AGAAGGUCGGAGUAGCCGCCUCAAGGAAAGAUACGACGGCAACAAGCAAAGCACCAAGUCUUCUUCUUCCUAUUCCUCCCUCUUCACGUUUCUUCUUCCUCUUUCUCUCUUACGAUUCCUUCUAUUUCCGUCUUCCAUGGCCACCGUCUCCUCCUCCUGGCCCAAUCCCAACCCUAACCCCGAUUCCACAUCUUCCGAUUCUACUCUUCCCUCUCACCGCGAUCGUGUAGACGACACCGAGUCUCUCGAUUCCUUCUCCUCCAUGAUUCCUCCUAUCUCUCCCCCUACGCCCAAUUUACCGGUGACGCCUCCUCCGUCCGUGCUUCACCUCUCCUUUAACCAGGACCAUGCUUGCUUCGCUGUUGGCACCGAUCGUGGCUUCCGGAUCCUUAACUGCGAUCCCUUUCGCGAGAUUUUUCGCCGUGAUUUCGAUCGUGGCGGUGGUGUUGCCGUCGUUGAGAUGCUUUUCAGAUGCAAUAUCUUAGCACUCGUAGGCGGUGGUCCUGAUCCUCAGUAUCCUCCUAACAAGGUCAUGAUUUGGGAUGAUCACCAGGGCCGAUGUAUCGGAGAACUCUCUUUCAGGUCCGAUGUUCGAUCGGUCCGGCUCAGGAGGGAUCGUAUUAUUGUCGUUCUGGAGCAGAAGAUUUUUGUUUACAACUUCUCUGACCUUAAGCUGAUGCAUCAGAUUGAGACCAUUGCAAAUCCUAAGGGCUUGUGUGCUGUUUCUCAGGGUAUUGGUUCUAUGGUUUUGGUCUGUCCAGGUUUGCAGAAAGGCCAAGUUCGGAUCGAGCAUUAUGCUUCUAAACGCACCAAGUUCAUCAUGGCUCAUGAUUCUAGAAUAGCUUGCUUCGCUCUCACUCAGGAUGGACAUUUGUUGGCCACAGCUAGCUCCAAGGGUACUCUGGUUCGGGUGUUCAAUACCAUUGAUGGCACCUUGCGGCAAGAGGUUAGAAGAGGUGCAGAUAGAGCGGAGAUCUAUAGUUUGGCCUUCUCUUCAAAUGCGGAGUGGUUAGCUGUCUCAAGUGACAAAGGAACCGUCCAUGUUUUCGGUCUCAAAGUCAAUUCUGGAGCUCAAGUGAAAGAGACAUCACGUGUUGCAUCUGAACUUACUCGCUCUAAUUCAUCCCCAUCUUCGUCUCUUUCAUUAUUCAAAGGAGUGUUGCCAAAGUAUUUCAGCUCGGAGUGGUCGGUGGCUCAGUUCCGGUUGGUUGAAGGGACUCAGUACAUAGCCGCCUUUGGUCAUCAGAAGAACACAGUUGUUAUUCUUGGCAUGGAUGGGAGCUUCUACAGAUGCCAGUUUGAUCCGGUGAACGGCGGGGAAAUGACUCAGCUUGAGUAUCACAACUGCCUGAAACCGCCUUCUGUUUUCUAGAAAACUUUUAUUCUCUUUUGUCCCUUUUAUGUAAUCUCUCUACUACUUCAGUAGUGAGAUUUGGUGCUACGAUGGUGUAAUGUAUAGUUUGUUUGUAUAAUAAUAAUCAAUGGGGUCUUAUAAUUUGUAAAAACGUUUGAUCGCUAACCAAAACUUAUUCAAGCCUCA